AAUAGCCAGAAAAGCAUGCUGCAAAAUGCGACCGGAUGCAGUAGAACAUCCUGGUAUUUUUGGCAUACUGCAUUUGACAUACUAUGUCUUGGGACAUAAUAAAUAGUAUUGUGUUACGGGUAUUGGAACGUACCCUUUGUGUCAUUAUUGAGCAGGAGGAUUUCUGUGAACAAGACCUGAACUCAGGUAGAGUCAGAAUACCUGUGGACACUAAAUAUGCUGGAAGUGUCGGUGGUCGACAACCUGAAGAGGAAGUAAAUGAUUAUUGGACACUCUGUCUCCAUCAAACAGUAUUCGGUGCUCAAUCGUCGAGGAAAUCAGACAGCUGCAGGUGAAAUGGAAGACGAUGGUCAGAGUCAUGAUUACCUGGCAGAGGGGCAGAGCCACAAGGCAGACAGGGUUAACCUGCCAAUGGGAGAAGAUGCAAAGAAUAACCAGCCAAUAGGAGAGCAGGGGGCAGGGUCAGACAUGAUUUACACCAUUGAAGAUGUCCCACCCUGGUACCUGUGUAUUCUACUGGGACUACAGCAUUACCUGACAUGUUUCAGUGGUACUGUAGCGGUGCCGUUUCUUCUGGCCGAGGCCAUGUGUGUCGGUCAAGACCAGAAGACCAUCAGUCAGCUGAUCGGAACCAUUUUCACCACUGUCGGACUAACAACCCUGAUCCAGACCACCGUGGGAGUCAGACUUCCUCUGUUUCAGGCCAGUGCAUUUGCUUUCCUGAUUCCUGCACAAGCCAUCCUCAGUCUGGACCGCUGGAGGUGUCCCAGUGAGGAGGAGAUUUAUGGGAACUGGAGUCUUCCACUCAGCACCUCACACAUCUGGCAGCCACGCAUCAGAGAGAUCCAGGGAGCCAUCAUCGUGUCCAGUGCUGUGGAGCUUGUGAUUGGUCUGUGUGGGUUGCCAGGUUUGCUGCUGGAGUACAUCGGCCCACUCACCAUCACUCCAACAGUCUCAUUGAUCGGCCUGUCUGGGUUCCCCACAGCUGGAGAAAGAGCCGGGUCUCACUGGGGCCUCUCAGCACUAUGUAUUUUUCUCAUCAUUCUGUUUGCUCAGUACCUGAGAGCGACAUCACUUCCUGUUCCUGUUUACAGCAGGAAGAAAGGACUAACUUCCACCAGAGUCCAGAUCUUCAAAAUGUUUCCCAUCAUCCUCGCCAUCAUGUUGGUCUGGCUCAUUUGCUACAUUCUAACUCUGACCAACCUGUUGCCAAGUGACCCCGAUCGCUAUGGAUACAAGGCCCGGACCGAUGCCCGUGGUGACAUUAUGGCUUCUUCACCCUGGUUCAGAGUACCCUACCCCUGCCAGUGGGGGUUGCCGGUUGUAACGGUUGCUGGGGUACUGGGGAUGCUGAGUGCCACAAUGGCGGGUAUCGUGGAGUCGAUUGGUGAUUAUUACGCCUGUGCUCGUCUAUCUGGAGCCACGCCCCCUCCAGUCCACGCCAUCAACAGGGGAAUCUUCACUGAGGGCGUCUGCUGCAUCAUUGCUGGCCUUUUAGGAACAGGAAACGGCUCUACCUCCUCCAGUCCAAAUAUAGGUGUUCUGGGCAUCACCAAGGUGGGCAGCAGGCGGGUGGUGCAGUACGGAGCAGGCAUCAUGUUUCUGUUGGGAUCAGUUGGGAAGUUCACGGCUCUGUUCGCCUCGCUGCCGGAUCCGAUCCUCGGAGGAAUGUUCUGCACACUGUUUGGUAUGAUCACAGCUGUCGGUCUGUCUAACCUGCAGCUGGUGGAUUUGAACUCAUCCAGAAAUCUUUUUGUUCUCGGGUUCUCGAUGUUCUUCGGUCUGACUCUGCCGACGUACCUGGACACACACCCCAACUCCAUCAACACAGGUCUUGCAGAACUGGAUCAGAUCCUGACAGUUCUUCUGUCCACUGAGAUGUUUGUUGGAGGAUUUCUGGGUUUUUGUCUCGACAACACGAUACCAGGUUCCAGACAGGAGCGAGGUUUAGUCAAUUGGAGGUCUUCCUCGUCCUCCUCUUCCUCCUAUGAUCUUCCUCUGGGGAUGGGUGUGAUCAGGCGGACUCGUUGGCUCAGACGGUUUCCCAUCAGCCCCUCCUUCACGGGUUUCCGGGCGUCUGACGACCUGCCGCAGCCCAGGGAGGAGGAGGAGGGGCGAGGAAGAGGAGAGGAGGAAGCUGCUGACAUCAACCUGCCCAGUACCAAGGUGUGACUGUGAUGUCAUCAGUCGACAUUCACUGAGCAGGAAUCCAAACUGUGAUGUGACUUUUUUACUCGUAUCACAGACGGGAAAAUGUUUUCCAGGUGAUUUAUUUAUCAGCUGAUGCUGCGUUCACUUCACAUCAUUAAGACUUUAAUCACAAUUGGAUGAGUUUAAUUCAGAAUCAGAGAUUUUAUUCAUGAGUGACGGUGAUGAUGUAAAAAACUACCAAAUUAUCUACCAAGUGUGAGGAGAUAUUUCAGGUUCUUGCAGUAAAAGUCUCAUUUGUGUUUCUCAUAGAUUGUUAAUGACCGUUUGGAUCAACAUUAAACUGUUGAAUCAUCAGAACAAAAUAUUAAGAACUUAAUAUAAAAUAUGUGGUUCUUUGAUAAAAAGUCUAAAUGAAGCCUGUGGACAUGAAAACUUUGAGGUGGAAGUUAACUAUGACUCCCAGGAUGCAUUUCAGCAAGAAACAUCCAAUCACAGAGCUCCACAUUCUGUCACAAAACAGCAGCUGGAAGCUAAAGAUUAAACUGCUGAGAAAACUGAAAACAGUAACCAUGACGACGUGUUUUCUCAACUGACAACGAAGCGUUUUGAAUUCACUACCAUUUUGAUUCACACCACUGACUGGUUUCUUCUCCAUGGCAACAGUAGCUAAGGCUCAUGGGUAUU